AUGAUUUCUUCAUCUAAAGAAGCAAAUACAUAUAAUAAUUCACCUAAAAUUAAAAAAUGGAUAAUACUAUUCAGUUUCUGUUUAAAUUCGUAUAAAUUUGUUUAUAAAUUAGCAUAUCAAGCGUAUUUUUAUUUAAUGCGUUUUCUCCUAUUUGGUCACAAGUUGCUAUAUAUUAUAGAACUGAUGAUUAUAACUUAAAUUGGUUUUCAAAUUGUUACUUUUUAUUACCAAUAGUUUUGACAUUAGUUUUAAAUCCAAUAAUCUUAAAAUACUAUGGAGGAUCAUAAAUUAUCAGUUGUAUUACUACAUCUUUAGGAUUAUGGAUAAUAUAUAUUGCACAAAGAAAUUAUAAUAUAGGAUUGCUAGGAUUUAUUUUUAUUGGACUUGGUUAAUCCUUAUACUUUCAUGUUCCAUUACGUAUAAAAUGAUUUAUAUUAGAUUUAUCUAAACUAUGGUUUGAGCCUGAUGAAAGAAUAGUAUCAACAUUUAUUGGUUAAUACUCUAGUAAUUUUGGUUUAUUAUUAGGUUAUCUAGUAUCAGCAAUAUAUUUUUACAAUGAAGUAUAGAUAAUUUUAAUACUUAGACAGAUUAAAAUUAAUUUAAUAAAAGAUUUCCAAAUAUUAUAUUUUUUAAUGCUAUCCUUUCGACUAUGUCAAUCCCUUUAAGUAUAAUUACUCUUUAAAAUCCUCAUAAUAUGAAAAAUAAAAUAUUAUUAAGAGAUAGUAUUUGGAAAUCAAUUAAAAUAGUUUGUUCAAAACAAGAAAGUUUAUUUGACAUAUUAGCAGUUUCAACAUGUAAUUAUGAAAUAUAUUAUUAGUUAUUGGCUAUGGUUGGUGUUAUCCUACUCUAUUUAGUGUUUAAUAAUUAAUGAUAGGAUAAACUAGUUUAGAUAUAAUAAUUAAUAGCAUUAAUUUUCAAAUAGGUUAAAUUGUAGCUGCAUUUUUUAGUACCUAUCAAUUACAAAAAUAGGCAAGAUAAGGUUUACAAUUAGGUUAUGAUAAGUUGAUUAAAUAGAUUAUAGGUUCAGGAUUUCUAUUUUUGGUUAUAGAAAUAUUAGUUUUUGAAAAUCUACCUUACUUUAUUUUGGUAGGUUCUAAUUUCGUAAUAGGAGCAGGAUUAGGUGGAUUGUAUUCAGUGCUAUUAGAAUCAUUAAUGGAGAAACAUUAUCCAGUUCAAGAAUUAGCUAUAUCAUCAUUACUAGAAAUUGGAGCAUGCGUAUUUAUUAAUAUAUAUUAGAGGCAUUUGCUUUAGUUAUUACAAUGAUAUUAGUAAUACCAGAAUUUCUGUAAUUUGGAUUUUAAAUAUAUUCAUUCAUAAUGAUACUGCCAUUUUGUUAUAUCUUUAUCUUUUAUACUACUAAGUUCAAACGAUUUGAAUAUGAAGGAUGA